AGUUUAUCAGAGAAAUCAAACGCGAGAUAAUCAACAAUAAUUUAUUUGAUUAUUAUAGUGUUUUUUAUAAAAGUUUGCUGAUAAGGUAAUUUAAUUUUAACGCAAGAGGAAUUAACUGAAUGGAGUAUUUGUGCCGCAGCAGGCCUUGUAUCUCAGCUGCAGGGAGAAGAUAUCUAUCUGAUUCUCCGACCCCAGACAACCUCAAGAUGCACGCAAAAACCGUGAUUUUAAACCAGUGGAGGCUCAUCAAUCAACUGAAAACUUAUUUUUCCAAGCUGACCAACGAUAAAACGUUCGAGAAGGCGCUGAACAAAGAAUUCGCACAUUUUUUGCAAAAAAUCGACCCCAAAACCUACGGCAAGGACGUUUUGAGAUAUUUCACUGCAACUAUGGGCUCUGACACGAAUCAAAAUAAAAAACAGAUUAAAGGUGAUCCAGAAAAAAACAUCAUAUCAUUUCCAAAUGUAUUCGGUAAUAUGUUCAAGGAUGAACCGAAACCUGCUCCUGUACCUGUACCAAAAUGGAAAACUGUUAAACCAAUCAUUUCAAAAGAAUCAGUUACUUCAAGAACUAGCCAAGUGUUAUCAGCUCUGGCAUUAGCCCAAUCAGAAACGUCAACAUUAGCAAGAAUCGAAGACCUUGUAGCUCACUUGAAGCAAUACCCAGAAGCCAAACAUGCAGCUGUAAAGGAAGGUGCCCUAAGACUCCUACUAAGAAUCGACAAGCAAACCAAAGUGAAACCUAUUCAAUGUGCUAUAAACGAAGCCAUGGCAUUGCUAGGAGCUGCGAAGCCAGUGAAAGGAAAAGGAAUUCGAAUUCUAUCAAUUGAUGGUGGUGGUACCCGAGGAAUUCUUGUAAUAGAAAUGCUAAGAAAACUUGAGGAAUUGAGCGGCAAACCUGUUUACGAAAUGUUUGAUUUAAUUUGUGGUGUCAGCACGGGUGCUAUUAUUGGAUCUUUGAUUGCAUUGAAACAACAUACUUUAGAUGAGGCUUUGGACGUAUACAAAACAAUUAGUUCUCAAAUUUUCACACAGAGUGCUCUUAAAGGCACUAGCAGUCUUGUAUGGUCACAUUCUUAUUACGACACGGAAUUGUGGGAGACAUUAUUGAAAAAUCAAUGGGAUAAGACACUUAUUGAAACUAAUAGAAAUUUAAAAUGCCCUAAGUAUUGUGCAGUUUCAGCAUUAGUGAAUCAUUCAAGAAUAUCAGCCUACUUAUUUAGAAACUAUUCUUUACCGUGCAGAGUCCAAUCUCAAUACUUGGGAGGUUACGAUCAUCAAGUUUGGGAAGCUGUUAGAGCGUCAUCGGCUGCACCAACUUAUUUUGAAGAGUUUAAAAUCAAAAACAUGAUACAUCAGGAUGGAGGUAUUCUGGUUAAUAAUCCUACAGCUGUUGCCAUUCAUGAAGCCAAACUCUUAUGGCCUAGAACACCUAUACAAUGUGUCAUUUCGUUUGGAACUGGAAGAACUGUGCCAAAUCCCAUUGAAACUACUGAACCUACUCAGAAUAAUAAUACUUCGUGGAAGCAUAAAUUUUUGGCAAUUUUGGAUAGUGCAACUGAUACUGAAGGUGUUCACACAAUGUUGUCAGAUUUAUUACCGGAAGGAAGUUAUUUCCGUUUCAAUCCCUACUUGACUGAAAUGGUAUCAAUGUCUGAAAUUAAUCCAAUAAAAUUUGCUCAAUUGGAAAGGGAUGCCAUCAUGUAUUUGCGCAGAAACGAAGAUAAAUUUCAGCAUGCUGCUAAGAAAUUAAGCGAAACGAAAACUGUGGCUCAAAAGUGUGAAGAGUGGGUUAACUUGAAUAGACAAAUUUAUGCCUAGGAAUUGACAAAAAAAGAAAUUAGAAUUAAAACAUUUGUGGAUUGUAGACAAAUUAUUUUAGGGAUAUAUGUAAAAUGCUACACAAAAACCAACUGUGAUUAGUUUAUAGUGACUCAAAAUGUAUACAAACUUUAUUGUAAUAUAUUAAGCAUGAUAUAUUUUUAUAGAUUUAACGAAAAAAUGGUUUAUUAUAAAUAAAUUUUAUAAUUUUUAUUAAUA